UUCAUUUGCUAAUUCAGUAGGUUUUCUUGCUCAUUUGCAAUUCAGAGUUCUUUUCUCUCAAGUUCCUUCGAUGUUUUUCACUUCUCUCACGGCAUUGUUCAAUUCCCAAUCUCUCUCUCGACGGUGCUCACUGAUGUGACGGUGUUCGAGGGUUUGCUUGUCGCCUUCUCCGCCGCACGGCGACGCUGAUCAAAUAGGAACUCCAAACAGAUAUGGACUCAUCAAAUUCCUCUUCCAAGAAGAAGAAGUGUGAAGAAGAUGAAGACAUGAUUAGCAACCUACCUGAUGUCAUUAUUAGUCGCAUUCUCUCUUUUCUUCUAACUAAAGAAGCAGUUUGUACUUGUGUUUUAUCCAAGAGAUGGAUGAACAUGUGGACAACCAUCACCAAGCUCCGCUUUAUCGAUAGAAAGUUGUACUAUCGCACUUACAUUAGCAGAACUCACUUUUUAAAUUCUGUGUAUAGAGUACUGCUUCAUCUGGAUGCAAAAAGCAUUGAAGGUUUCUCUCUUUCUCUUACAAAGGAUUAUGAUUCUUACCAUAUUAAUCAGUGGAUAUCUGCUGUCUUAAGCCGGGGUGUCAAAGAGCUUUUCAUUGAGUCAAACAGAAAACUUGACAUUUUCUUGCAUUCCCUUUGGAAAUCCCAGUCCUUAGAGAAAUUGGUGCUGGAUAUGAAUGUUUGUGCUGUCCGACUGCAUAUGAAUGGUUGUGCUGUCAAAGUUCCCCACCUUGUUUAUCUAUCAUCCCUCACUGUUCUUGAGUUGUCUGGAGUCACCGUGGUCUGCCCCCCUUCUAAUGAGUCCAAAAAUAUGUGCCUUAACUUCCCCCUUCUUAGAGUACACCGGGCAACAAAUUGCAUCUGGUUAAACGUGAAGGUUGUAAGUUUUGAAGUGCCUCUACUUGAAGUGCUUUCAAUAAGUCAUACACGUGCCUUUAAAUCUGUUGACUCGCAGACUGUAAUCAAGUUUUGCGCUCCGCGUCUGACAAAGUUCUCUUAUAGUGGUUUCAUAGCACCAAUUCCAGAUACUGUUUUGUUAGACUUAGACCUAUCUACAGCACGUAUUGCUUCUGCUAACAUUGAUCCAUGGGAGUUUGUACGAGAGAGUACCGAAAAUACAGGAUCUUUUGCUUUUGAGCUUCUGAAACAAUUCAAUAAUAAUGUGGAAUGCUUAAAGUUUGAGAGGUCGAAGGUUCUUGCAGUAGCACACGAUGAAUUUCCUGCAUUUGGAAUGUUGACUCGUCUGGAAAUGGGAAAUGUUACCGGUGAUAUUCUGUUGAUUUUCCUUCGAAACUCACCAUUUCUCAAGACUCUUGAUAUACAGGAACUACUGGGGUUUGGCGAAGAACAUUGCAAUCCUGAAAAUGUGCCGUAUUGUUUUAUAUCUAACCUUGAAGUGAUGAAGUUUGGAAAACUUAAGGGUGUUGAAGAUGAACUGCGAUUUGCCAAAUUUGCAUUGGAACAUGCUCGAGUCUUGAAGAGGGUUAGUUUCUGCCACCAUUGGGAGCUGCGCAAGUCAAUAUUUGGAAAAGUUAAAAAGAAGAUAUUAUCAUUCAAGAGAAGUGUUAGUUCUCCAAUUAUAGAAUUUUUGUAGAUUACAGAAUUUUUAACACAGCGAAGUCGGUGAUAGUAUUAUGCGUAGACGUAUGAGAUACAUUACCUGCUAACCUGACAUGAUGCUUAGCAGUAUGCAUAAUUGAAUUAAUGUCUAAGGUUGUUGAAAUUUA